AUGGCCCCGGACAGCGACGGCGGCCUGGACCGCCUGCCGCCCCCGCCCGUGGCGCUGGCACUGACGCUGUCGGUGGCCAACACCGGCGAGGAGGCCUUCACCUUCACCACGGGCCUGCGCACGCGCCUGGCUACCGAGGACGCGCGCACGCACGGCCAGUACAUCAAGGCCGUGGGGCUGCACGGCAAGCACACGCUGCGGCGCGAGUCCAACCCCGCCCGGCCCCGCAUCCGCGUGGAGAACGAGCAAGCGGUGAGCUUCGGCGGGCGUCAGCUGGACCGCGUGUACGUCGACUGUGGCGCGCGCGAGUUCAUCGCGGUCUGCCCCGGCCAUGCCGCGCAUGUCGAGGUGAAGAACCUGCGCGGCUUCGACGACGUGGCGCUGGACCACCCCGCGCUGUCCUACCCGGAGGAAGCGCGGUGGUCGGUGGGCAUCGCGCCCGCGCGCGUCGCCAGGCCCGUCAGGCGCGUGCUGGAGCCGGGGGAGACGUGGACGGGGGAGGCCCAUCUCAUCGCGCGGCAGGAGUACUGGGACCAGGCGCCGUGGGAGAGGGAGGCGGGGCUGAGCGCGGUGCCGCCGCCCCGACUGGACUCGCUGCGGAAGACCAAGAUCUUUCAGCGCCAGCCCUCGCCGGCGCGCGGGGACUGA